AUAGGAAGCCACUGCUCAUCCAACCCUUGUCCAGACUACAGCACGUGUCAAGAGGAAUUCGACUCUUACAAAUGCACAUGUCCUGUAGGUUACGUUGGUAAACACUGCGUGCGCGUAUGUUCUCUUAAGCCAUGCCGACAUGGCAAAUGUGAAAGUACAAACCAUGGAAAGGGAUUCCGAUGUGUUUGUCCUCAACAGUACACUGGUAAGUGGAUUUUUUUUUUCAUUUUUUAUCUUAUUUUAUUUUUUUUUUCAUUUAAAUUUAUUCCCUAUUGGACAUUUGUGGGUACUAUUUUAAUGCAAACAAAGUUGUUAUAAAUGAAAUAAAUGAGUAAAUAAAUAGCAAAUAAUACAUGGGCGCGCGUAGAUAUGGAAUUUCCCUUCGAGAGUUUAAUUCGAUAGCUCACGAUUUUGGUGUUUGAGGACAGUCUCGAAGGAUCUUUUACACUAGGGUCAAAUGUGAGAGAUGUUUAAAUCUCAAUAAUCUCUACAGCGAAACCAUGACGACGUUCGAUCGAUAUGCAAAUUCCUAGCUGUGUUAAAAGGCACCACUAAUGCACGAGUAAUGCAAAGCCGCAAAAUCACUCCAGGGCGAGUAAACAUAUAAAAAAAUCUUAAUGAUUUGCGGGCGAACUGUUACUGGUGAUUAGGCGCGAACUUGCUGUGGGGCGAAUUCACCAGUUAACGAUAUGCAACGCAAAUCUCUCACUGUUGAACUUAAGAUUCACUUAAAUUUAGAGUUUUAAUGUUUUGUAUAAUUUCUUAAGGGAAUUUUGUGAGGUCCGCAUGGAGGUACCCUGUCGAGAUAAGUACUUUGGUGCUUCAAGUAUAGGCGUCUGUGGUCCGUGUAAAUGUGAAGUGGGGAAUGAAUCUGAGUUCAGUUUGUAA